GCACGGACUAGACAGCUAAGGCGGGGUCCUCAGCGCUGUGUUGUGGUGGUUGGACUUGCUGAAACGCCAGGUCACAUUGAGGGAGGACGUCUGCCAUGAUCUCUAAAGUCCUGGGACCCCGCUACCUGCAGCUGGCCAAGAACUGGGCUCCAACGCUUUUCACAUGGGGCUCGGUAGGCGCAGCGGGACUGGUCUGGGCUACUGACUGGAGGCUCGUCCUGGAUUAUGUGCCCUAUAUCAAUGGAAAGUUUCAGAAGGAGAAGUGAUUUCUGGCUACAUAUUACUGCUUCCUGAUCCGUACAAAUGAAGAAACAUGUAAAAUCUGGAUGCCAUGAUACUUGUGUGGCCCUCUACUACUUUUGUCAAUGAAAAAUAGUGGUGCAACAGAUUUUUGCUUAUAAAUAAUCUAAAUAAAACCAUUUUGUCUAAUA